AUGUUUCCCUCGGCCACAGCGCGACUCGCCUCGCAAGUACAUAUUACAGCAUGGCCAACACCAAGAAAUCUAGCAGAAAGCAAAUUAGUUCUCAAGGCACUCCAAAAGCACGGUGAAAUCGUCUCAUACCGAAACCUCAAGUACGACACAACCAAUGACUCCCCCAAUCGCCAUCGACCAAUGCUCGCAAUCUACGAAAACGCCGAAGCCGCAGAGCGCGCUAUCGACUCAUCACCAGUAACAAUCCCACUACCACCCGGCUCCGCGCCAAUCCCCCAAUCCAAUAAACACGCCAACCCCCUCAAAGACAAAUCAGCCAGUUCACCGGAUGACUCGCCCUCAAUAAUGAUCCAGAUCCAAUCCUCGCGCCAUAACCAUCCCUCCAAUAUCAGUCGCAAUCCCUUUUACACAACAUACAACAUGCACAAGAUGAGUCCGAUGUACAAGGAUCUUAUCCGGGAGGGGGUGCCCGUGCGGGAAUUGGCGGAUUGUCUACCGAGUAAGAAAUAUCAUAUUGGGAUUGGGGUGAAGGAGAACAUCCAGGAGGAGAAUCGGUGGAUGGGAGCGAUGAGUUUGAUGGAUCUGUGGAAGGAAGGGCUAAAGGAGAAAGAAGACCAGAAGGAGCUUGGAGAUUCAACCGAGAAGAGAAAGCAAUAUGAAGAGUUUGGGGAGUUCUAA